AUGAGUGACACCUACGAGAUCACCGAGAAGGACGUGGCUCUCCACAACAAGAACGUGGUCAGACCGCCGACGAUCACGUUAAAGGCGAUCGGCCAGUAUAUUAUCCUGCGCCCGACAACGCUUUUCAUCACUAAGGAUGAGUGGAACGACAUCAACUGGGGGGACGUCGUCAACCCGUUCAAGCCGUUGUACCACAUGAACCGCCACCAGUGGAACAUGUUUGGUCUCGGGCUUGUGGCGUGGACGUGGGACGCGUUCGACUACUUUAUCACGUCGCUCAACUUGCACGCCAUCCUGAUCCAGUUGAACUGCUCGGUGGAGGAAAUCACGUGGGGGAUGACGCUUGUGCUUAUGUUCCGGCUGUUAGGCGCAGUGUUGGGCGGGGUGUUCGCCGACGCCUAUCUGAAGAAAUGGGCGUACAUUGUCAUUAUGAUAUUGCUCUCAGUGCUCCAAAUCGGGACCGCAAACGUCCACUCCUACGGGUCGUUUUUGGCAGUCAAGGCGCUCUUUGGCAUUGCCAUGGGGUCGGUGUACGGGGUGGCUAUGCUGACGGCGUUGGACGACGCCGAUAAGCUGGCCAGAGGGGUGUUAUCGGGUUUGUACCAGGAGGGGUACGCUUUGGGAAACUUGCUUUGUGUCGCGUUUAACCGUGGUAUCGGGUUCGGCACCUCGAAGCCCUACGGCGGCUGGAGAAACAUGCACUACUUCUCCGCAGGGGUGCCAGUGUUAUUCAUCAUCUGGCGGUUCUUCUCUCCCGAAACUCAUGCCUUCCAACGGAUUAAAGAGGCUCGCAAGGCCGAUACCACCACCGCAAGCCAGAAGCGUAAACAGUUCCUUCUGGACUUCGGCAAUAUGUUGAAAAAAUACUGGUUGAUUACCGUGUUCUUAGUGUUGUGUAUGUCGGGGAUGAACUUCUCGUCGCACGGCUCUCAGGACAUGUUCCCCACAUUGUUGACCGCCCAAUACGGCUACCUGGCGGACAGAUCGACCGUGACCAACGCCGUGGCCAACUUAGGGGCGAUUUUCGGCGGUUUCAUGUUUGGUCACUUGUCUAACUUCUUCGGGAGACGGUUGAUGAUAAUUGUUGCCUCUAUUCUUGGUGGUGCCUGUAUCUACCCCUGGGCGUUUAUUUCGGGACUGGGAAUUAACGCCGGUGCUUUCUGGCUUCAAGCCGGUGUCCAAGGUGCCUGGGGGGUGGUGCCUGCCUACCUUAUGGAACUUUGUGACCCUCGCUUUGCCACCUUAGUUGCUGGUACUGCUUACCAACUCGGUAACUUGUGUUCGUCGGCUCUGAGUACCAUCGAGGCCACCAUCUCCAAGAACUUCCCCAUCUACAACCCCGAUGGCUCGUUCAAGGUGUAUGACUACGGCAAGACGAUGGCAAUCUUCAUGGGGGCAGUGUUUGCCUACAACAUUGUCAUCUUCUUCCUCGGUCCCGAAUACCGUCACGCGUCGUUGGAUGUUGACCGGGACCGUGAGAUCGAUGCUACCGAACAAUACGACUACCACGACGAAGCCCGCGAGUCGGGUUCGAUUGCCGAAAGCGACCGCGUCGAGUUUAAGGUUUAG